GAAUGAGAUAUCUGAAGAGACAGAGAUCAGAAAGAGUAAGAGAGAAUGGCCAUGAAAAGCAAAGUGCUCGUAGUUGGGGGAACUGGGUACUUGGGAAAGAGGCUAGCUAAGGCAAGUUUAGCUCAAGGUCAUGAAACUUACGUGCUCCACAGGGAGGAGAUAGGUGUUGACAUUGACAAGGUGCAGAUGCUCUUAUCAUUCAAGCAGCAAGGAGCUCGUCUUGUGCCUGCCUCGUUCAGCGACCACCAAAGCCUCGUCAAUGCGGUGAAAUUAGUAGAUGUAGUUAUCUGUGCGAUAUCGGGUGUUCAUAUCCGUAGCCACCAAAUCCUGCUUCAACUCAAGCUUGUUGAUGCCAUCAAAGAGGCUGGGAAUGUUAAGAGAUUCUUGCCAUCUGAAUUUGGCACUGAUCCUGCAAGAAUGGAGAAUGCCAUGGAACCUGGAAGGUUAACAUUCGAUGACAAAAUGGUGGUGAGGAGAGCAAUCCAAGAAGCGGGCAUUCCUUUCACGUAUGUUUCGGCAAAUUGCUUCGCCGGUUACUUCCUCGGCGGUCUUUGCCAACCUGGUUACAUCCUUCCUUCCAGGGAUCAUGUCCGCUUGUUGGGAGAUGGCGAUCAAAAGGCAAUUUACGUGGACGAAGAUGAUAUAGCAACGUACACCAUCAAAACCAUUGAUGACCUUCGGACUCUGAACAAAACGGUGUACAUAAGGCCGCCCAAGAACAUCUUAUCUCAAAGAGAAGUCGUCCAGAUAUGGGAGAAAUUAAUAGGGAAAGAGCUGCUUAAGUCUUCAAUUUCCAAAGAAGAGUUUCUCUCUUCUAUGAAAGAACAAAAUUAUGCAGAGCAAGUUGGACUAACACAUUACUAUCACGUAUGUUAUGAGGGAUGCCUGGCAAAUUUUGAAAUAGGUGAUGGAGGAGAGGAAGCUUCUAUGCUGUAUCCGGAAGUGAAGUAUACCUCGGUUGAGGACUACAUGAAGCGUUAUUUAUAAGUAAUAUAAUUAAUAUGAGUGUAUUAUGGCCAUAUUGAUUUUGGCCUUCUCAUGAACCGGGUUGAAAGAAUUUCAAUGUCUUAUCCCCCCACCCAACAAAUAAACUAAAAUAAA